AAAGUUCCACUUAAAGGAUAAGAACUCGCUUCCACCCGUCCUCAAACUCGGCAUCCAUACUGGAAGCAUUGUUAGCCGCAACACAUUCCCGAGCGGUCCACGCCAUUGACUUCCACCACUUCACCUGCAAGGAUGUGCUCUAACGACGUUUGCUCGGAAGACUCGUGCUGGAUUUGCCUUGCGGGCGCCGAGUCUGGGCCUCUUGAACGGCCGUGCCGCUGCCCCCGCUCCGUCCACCUGUCCUGUCUUGGCCGGUGGCAGCUGCAGCAGGCUGGUCGCUCGGAGGAGCAGCGCUGCCGCUUCUGCACUUGUGUGCUUCCGCCGCUCGAGGACAGCCUGCUGCCGCCGCACCUGGCGCCCGUGGCCGCGGCCGUCACACCCUACAUGGCAGUCGUGUACCAGGGGGAGCACUACAAGAUCCCUGUGCGCCCCGGUCUGGAGGGCAUGGCGGAGUUCCGCGCCCGCGUCAAGUGCCUGUUCGGUCUGCCGCACGACUCUGACUUCCAGGUGUCGUUCGAGUGCGCGGCGCCCACCAGCGGUGAGAAGCUCACACUGCGCGGCAUGGGCUGCUUCAACGCCGCCGCCAGCUGCGCAGCCAUCAGCGCAGCAAAGCGCGCCGCCGGAGAGGAUGGCGGCUUUGAGUGGAGCGAGGCGCAGCAGCAAGCGCAGCAGGCAGCACAGUAGUACGGUAGUCACAGCGGGUGCAGGGAGCGAGGGCAGCCACAAUGAGAGCAGCUAGGAAGGAAGCCGUUUAUGAAAAGCACGCCUUACAUAGGAGUUCGUAGCACACCAGCACACAACUGGAUGACUGGUAGGUGCAGCACUAGAAAGGGCAUUCAUGAGUAUUGCGUAGGAGGUGUGGUGCUGAAGCACCGUGUGUAUGGAGGUAGUGAGAACUACCGGGUUUGGAAGGCAAGGCCGUGUAAGUAGUCGGUGUA